UGCCAGUUACCUAGCACACUUGCCAGCAGUGUCAGCGAGCACUUGACAUCUUCCUCUGGUGAAGUGGGUUUACUUGAAUUUUAAGGAAAAAAAAUGUCUCCACUUAUAAGAAGCAUUGUUGAUAUCACUGAAGUUUUCUAUGAAUAUGCCUCACAUAGUUGUGAUGGAGCAUCACUAAGCAAGAAAGACUUGAAGAACCUCCUUGAAAGGGAACUUGGAGCUGUCCUUCAGAAACCACAUGACCCUGAGACGGUAGACCUGACCCUAGAACUUCUGGAUCGCGACUGCAAUGGGCGUGUUGAUUUCAACGAAUUCCUCGUGUUCCUUUCCAAGAUUGCUCAAGCUUGCUAUUAUGCUCUUGGCCAGGCUGCAGAGCUAGAUGAGAGGAGAGCCUUGCCUAGGGAAAAGAGGAACCUGACACAAGAAGACCAAAGGAGAUUCGAGCCCCGGGACAGACAACUGGAAGAAGAACCUGGGCGCCGAAGCUGGCAGAAGAGACGUGAGCAGGAGGAGCGCGCUGAGGAGCAGACAAAGAGGCAAGAGAGGCUGGAGCAGCGCGACAGGCAACACCUAGAUGAAGAGCAGCGACUGAAAAGGCGGGAACUUCAAGAACUGGAGGAGCGCCUGGCAGAGAAAGAGCCGCUAAGCUGGAGCAAGGGUCGUGACGCUGAGGAGUUUUCUGAGGAAGCGGAACAGCAAAGGCGAGAAAGGCAAGAACUCAAGAGCGACCGCCAGACCGAAGAAAGACUGCUGCAGAAGCGCCGGCAAGAAGAGCUACGGGAACCCCUGCCGAGGCGUGAGCAGGAGCUGAGGCAAGAGCGGGAGCUGAGGCGAGAGCAGGAGCUGAGGCAAGAGCGGGAGCUGAGGCGAGCGCAGGAGCUGAGGCGAGCGGAGGAGCUGAGGCAGGAGCUGAGGCGAGACCAGGAACUGAGGCAGGAGCAGGAACUGAGGCAGGAACAGGAGCUCAGGCAGGAGCGGGAGCUGAGGCAAGAGCGGGAGCUGAGGCGAGAGCAGGAGCUGAGGCGAGAGCAGGAGCUGAGGCGAGAGCAGGAGCUGAGGCGAGAGCAGGAGCUCAGGCAGGAGCAGGAGCUGAGGCAGGAGCAGGAGCUGAGGCAGGAGCUGCGGCAGGAGCACGAGCUGAGGCGAGACCAGGAGCUGAGGCGAGACCAGGAGCUGAGGCAGGAGCAGGAGCUGAGGCGAGACCAGGAGCUCAGGCAGGAGCAGGAGUUGCUGGCCGAAGAGGAUGAGCAGACACGGGUCCGGGAACCGGAGGAGAGCAUCACCCAGAGGUGGCAGAGGCAGCUCGAAAACGAGGCAGAAGCCCGUCAGAACAAGGUCUACUCCAGGCCUCGCAGGCAAGAGCAGACGCUUCGCCAGGAGCUGCAGGACCGUCAGCUCCGGGAACAGGAGGAGGAGCGCCGAGACCUCCAAAGGCAGCGUCUGGCUGAGGAAGAGCUCCAGCGAAGCCAGUGGGUAGAGGAGCGCCUGGAACAGGAGCAGCGGUUCCGCGACAGGGAGGAGCAGCGCUCUCAGCUACGUGAGGAGGAGCAGCGCUUCCGGGAGGAGACGCGGCAGCGAGCAGAGCUCCAGGACAGCCUCCUGGAAGAACGCCAGCGGAGACGCCAGGCGGAGCGCCGGCUUCGUGAGGAGCGGCUGUUGCAAGAAGAGGAGCAGCAGCGCCAGCAGAGGGAGAGGAAAUAUCGGGAGGAGGACCUGCAGCAAGAGGAAGAGCUGCUGAGGCGGGAAGAAGAGCCGCAGAGGGAAAGGAGACGCCUGCAGCGGGAAAGGAAGUAUCAAGAGGAGGAGCUGCAGCAGGAGGAAGAGCGGCGGCAGCAGGAGGAGGUGCGACUGCAGAGGGAAAGCAGGAGCCUGCAGCAGGAGAGGCAGCAUGAAGAGGCGGAGCUGCAGGAGCUGCGGGAUGAAGAACAGCGCAGGGAUCUGAAAUGGCAGUGGCAACCAAAGAAAGAAAAUGAAUUUCGUAAUAACAGGCUCUUCUCCAAACGCAGAGAGGAUGAGGAAACUAUCCAGCAGCUGGAAGAGUCUCAGGAGCGAGAGAGACGGUUCCGUCAGGACCAGAGGGCCCUGAAAGAGGAAGAGAGGAGAGAGUUGGAGCAGGAGAGAAGGCGCCGACAGCAGCGCGACCGGCAGUUCCUAGCGGAAGAACAGCUGCAAGAAGAGCGCCAAAGGGAAGUCAGAAGACAAGAUGAGAAGCUCCGGCAGGAAGAGCAGCUCCUGAGAGAAUCGAGAAGACAGGAGAGAGAUGUUAAGUUCCUUGAGGACGAAAGGAAGCUGCAGAAGGAACGGGAAGAACAGAGGAGGCGUCAAGAACACGAGAGAGAAUUCCUGGAGGAGGAGCUGCGCCUCCAAGAACGUGAGAAAGAACUUCGACAAGAGCGCCGCCAGCAGCGUGAGGAAGAGCAGCGCCAGCUCCGCCGGGAACAAGAGCUCCGCCGGGAGCGCGAAGAAGUGCGGCGCCGCCAGGAACAAGAGCUCCGCCGAGAGCGCGAGGAACAGCAGCUGAGGGACCGAGGUUUCCGCCAGGAACAAGAGCUCCGCCGAGAGCGCGAGUCAGAGCAGCGCCGCCAGGAACAAGAGCUUCGCCGGGAACAAGAGCUCCGCCGGGAGCGCGAGGAACAGCAGCUGAGGGACCGAGGUUUCCGCCAGGAACAGGAGCUCCGCCGGGAACAAGAGCUCCGCCGGGAGCGCGAGGAACAGCAGCUGAGGGACCGAGAGCUGCGCCGGGAACAAGAGCUUCGCCGGGAGCGCGAGGACGAGCAACUGAGGGACAGACAGCUUCGCCGGGAACAAGAGCUCCGCCGAGAGCGCGAGGAAGAGCAGCUGAGGGACCGAGGUUUCCGCCAGGAACAAGAGCUUCGCCGGGAGCGUGAGGAACAGCAGCUGAGGGACCGAGGUUUCCGCCAGGAACAAGAGCUCCGCCGAGAACAAGAGCUGCGCCGGGAGCGCGAGGAAGAGCAGCUGAGGGACAGAAGUUUCCGCCAGGAACAAGAGCUUCGCCGGGAACAAGAGCUUCGCCGGGAGCGCGAGGAAGUGCAGCGCCGCCAGGAACAAGAGCUCCGCCGAGAACAAGAGCUGCGCCGGGAGCGCGAGGAAGAGCAGCUGAGGGACCGAGGUUUCCGCCAGGAACAAGAGCUUCGCCGGGAGCGUGAGGAACAGCAGCUGAGGGACCGAGGUUUCCGCCAGGAACAAGAGCUCCGCCGAGAACAAGAGCUGCGCCGGGAGCGCGAGGAAGAGCAGCUGAGGGACCGAGGUUUCCGCCAGGAACAAGAGCUUCGCCGGGAGCGUGAGGAACAGCAGCUGAGGGACCGAGGUUUCCGCCAGGAACAAGAGCUCCGCCGAGAGCGCGAGGUAGAGCAGCUGAGGGACCGAGGUUUCCGCCAGGAACAAGAGCUUCGCCGGGAGCGCGAGUCAGAGCAGCGCCGCCAGGAACAAGAGCUUCGCCAGGAACAAGAGCUCCGCCGGGAACAAGAGCUGCGCCAGGAGCGCGAGGAACAGCAGCUGAGGGACAGAAAAUUCCGCCGAGAACAAGAGCUGCGCCGGGAACAAGAGCUUCGCCGGGAGCGCGAGGAACAGCAGCUGAGGGACAGACGUUUCCGCCAGGAACAAGAGCUUCGCCGGGAACAAGAGCUGCGCCGGGAGCGUGAGGAACAGCAGCUGAGGGACAGAAAAUUCCGCCGGGAACAAGAGCUUCACCGGGAGCGCGAGGAAGAGCAACUGAGGGACAGACGUUUCCGCCAGGAACAAGAGCUUCGCCGGGAACAAGAGCUGCGCCAGGAACAAGAGCUCCGCCGGGAGCGUGAGGAACAGCAGCUGAGGGACCGAGGUUUCCGCCAGGAACAAGAGCUUCGCCGGGAGCGCGAGGAAGAGCAGCUGAGGGACCGAGGUUUCCGCCAGGAACAAGAGCUGCGCCGAGAGCGCGAGGAAGAGCAGCUGAGGGACCGAGGUUUCCGCCAGGAACAAGAGCUUCGCCGGGAACAAGAGCUGCGCCGGGAACAAGAGCUGCGCCGGGAGCGCGAGGAAGAGCAGCUGAGGGACCGAGGUUUCCGCCAGGAACAAGAGCUUCGCCGGGAACAAGAGCUGCGCCGAGAGCGCGAGGAAGAGCAGCUGAGGGACCGAGGUUUCCGCCAGGAACAAGAGCUUCGCCGAGAGCGCGAGGAAGAGCAACUGAGGGACCGAGGUUUCCGCCAGGAACAAGAGCUGCGCCGGGAACAAGAGCUGCGCCGGGAGCGUGAGGAAGAGCAGCGCCGCCAGGAACAAGAGCUGCGCCGGGAACAAGAGCUGCGCCGGGAGCGUGAGGAAGAACAAGAGCUUCGCCGGGAGCGCGAGGAAGAGCAGCUGCGGCGCCAGGAACGCGACAGAGGAUUCCGUCAGGAACAAGAGCUCCGCCAGGAACUCCAGGAAGAGCAGAGGAGGCGCCAGGAACGCGAGCAACAGGUACGCGACAGGAAAGCCCGUGAGGAAGAAGAGCUUCUUCAAGAAAGGGAGGAACUGCUGCGCCAAGAGGUUCAGGAAGAGGAGAGGCUCCGCCAGGAUAGAGAGGGACUGAAGCGUCGUCUUCAGGACCGCGAAAACAGAAAAUUCCCCCGAGAGCCGGAGCUCAGGAAAGAAAGGGAAGAGCAAGAACUGCGUCGCCAGGAACGUGAGCAGCAGCUUCGCCUAGAGCGCCAACAGGGAGACAGAAAAUUCCGUGAGGUAGAAGAGCUUCGCCAGGAAGAAGAGCAGCGGCGCCGCCAGGAGCAUGACAGGAAAUUCCCGGAAGAGAAACAGCUGCAGCAGGACCAGCAGUUGCGGAGGCAGAAGCGAGAUGAUCAGUACCUGGCUGAGGAGCAAUUUGCCAGGGAUAAGAUUCGCCUUCAGGAACAAGAACUACGUAAGGAAGAGGAACAGAGGCGUCGCCAAGAGCGGGAGAGAAAAUUUCAAGAAGAGCAGAUCCGUCGGCAGGGGGAGCAGAGGCGCCGCCAGAUCCUGGAGUCUGGCACGCGCCAGUUUGCCAACGUGCCAGUGCGUUCCAGCCCCCUCUACGAGUACAUCCAAGAGCAGAGGUCUCAAUACCGUUCUUAGAGGAUGCUCCCAACAUCCUGGCACCAGCCAAAGCUACAAGCAAAAGAAAAUGAGAAACGCAGAUGAUAACCCGUGUGUUUCUGGUUGUGGGAAAACUCUCUAAUCUUAGACCGUAUCUUUUCCUCCUGAAUCUUAAACUAUACCUAUUUCUUUUCUUUCGAUUCCUGUCUUUUAUUCUUCCUCGGGUAGUUUCUUUAUUGCAAGAUGUCUUUGAGUGCUGAUAUGAUGUGCACUUUUUAAAAAUAAGCCAUUUAAUUUUUAAAGGAACUUUGUUUGAGAAGCACAUUGAUUUAUUGCUUUCACAAAUAAUAAGAAUAAUGUAGCAAUUUGAUAUUCAAAAUAAUUGGACCACUAUUUUUAGUAGUGGAUCAUCUUGUCUACAGCUUUCAUUUUAUGUUUAAAUUGACACUUUCUUUGGUCUAGAUUUCAUUUGUCUUUACCUCCAAAUAGUUUUCUCAGUUUUUAUUACAUAAUUGCAACAGAUCCCAUUGUCAGGCUGAAAUUCUACAGUCCUCAAAUAAUGCAAGGGUGAAGGAUGAUUUAUACAGAAAAAUACCAUAUGAAAUCAGUUCAUAACUGGACGAAAUAUCUAAUAAGAAAACGGCUGGGACAGAAAAUUAGAAUUUGGCAUUAUGUUUUUAUACUUAGCAUCACCUAAAAUCUCAUGAAGUGAAAGCAAGGUGUUUCUCAAACAACUCAAAUUUUAAAAUGCUGUAAUUUGUAGAGCUCUGUUCCAUUUUUCCAAAUUUUGAAGGGUUUGAGAAUAUUACUACUUUUGUACAGUUUGGUUUGGAGGGAAUCUACUCAAGAUCCUGUAAACAUCUUUCUUGUUUGGGUCCAACAAAAGUUCACACUGUGGUGGAAGAAGGAAAGAGGAAAGUGUAUGAACAGAGAACAAAUUUCUAGAGGUCUCUUGGCUAGACUUAUCAGCCCACAAUCCUUCAAGGCCUUACACUGCCUUAAAGACAUUCUUGUUCAAAUAACUGGACUGUAAAAAACAAAAAACAAAAAAAUCUCAAUAAAUGUUUGGCAAAUAA